CAGAUUCCAAAGAUUUAGAAUGUCCACACAGAACCAAACAAAAUACAACUGUAUCUCAGCAAAACAACACGAUCCUUGAGUAUCAAGCUUAUGUCUUGUAGCACCGAAAAUUUAGAAGCAAGCGGCAGCAAUACACAAUCCAAUCAAACUUUCUUAUAGCAGGACCUAUUAUAUUAUUAAGUUCAAGAUUAAACAUCAAUCACUGAAAGUUUCUUACAAUCUCGGCCAACCAGACUAAGAUUGUGUAUGCGAGCUACUUGAGUCUUGACUCCCUAUAUAUAUACUGCAAACACUUCAACACAUACAUACUAGCAAAGAUGGAAAACCAAGUAACACAGAGGCGCCCUCAUGUCGUGCUUGUUCCAGCUCCGUUACAAGGACAUCUAAGCCCCAUGCUUGAGUUAGGAACUCUUCUUCAUUCAAAGGGUUUCUCCAUCAUUAUAGCACACGCUAUCUUCAACUCUCCUGAUCCAAGUAACCACCCUGAAUUCACUUUCCUCCCCAUUCCAGACAACUUAAGUGCUGGAAAUGCUGCUCCAGCAAAUCUUCUGACUCUUAUAACCACUAUGAACAGUAAUUGUGAAGCCCCUUUGAGGGAAAUCUUGGCUCAACUCAUGAACAAAAAUGAGCAACAUGAUCAGAUAUGUUGUAUAGUUUAUGAUAUGAUAAUGUAUUGUUCUGGUGCAGUAGCUGAACAACUGCAGCUUCCUUGCAUGAUUCUGCGGACAAGUUCUGCUUCUGCUGCAGUAGCUUACGAGUCCCUCCCGCGUCUUUAUGCAGAAGGGUAUAUUCCGCUGCAAGAUUCAAAGUUGCAAGAUGUAGUUCCUUGGCUUCCUCCCCUGAGGUUUAAGGAUUUAGCUACUGCUGAUAUGGGAAAUAUUGAAGACAUAUUAGAAAUAUCAGCUAUAACAAACAAUACAAGAAAUGCAAUAGCCCUCAUCUGGAAUACUGUCGAUCAUCUUGAGCACACAGCAUUGGCACAAAUUCAAGAAAUCUAUCCACUUAAAUUCUUUCCAGUAGGUCCCAUACAUAAAAUGGCCCCACCUACAUCCACUAGCUUGUUGGAAGCAGACAUCAAUUGCAUGGCAUGGCUUGACAAGCAAGCGCCUCAUUCAGUCAUCUACGUAAGCAUUGGGAGCAUCGCAAUCAUGGAAGAGACAGAACUGGCUGAAAUAGCCUGGGGCCUAGCCAACAGCAACCAACCAUUCUUGUGGGUGGUAAGGCCUGGCUCAGUUUCUGGAUCAGAAUGGAUUGAAUUGUUGCCAGAAGGUUUCAAAGAAGCAGUUGGAGAAAGAGGCUGCAUAGUGAAAUGGACACCACAAAGAAAGGUACUGGCACAUGUUGCAGUGGGAGGAUUCUGGAGCCACUGCGGCUGGAAUUCCACCUUGGAAAGUAUCAGCGAAGGUGUUCCAAUGAUAUGUCGGCCUUGUUUUGCUGACCAAAAUAUCAGUGCAAGAUACCUGAGUGAGUUGUGGAAAGUAGGCCUUCAUAUGGAUGGCCAGCUGGAUAGAGUGAAGAUCGCGACAACUAUUAAAAGACUAAUGGUGGACGAAGAAGGAAAGGAGAUUAGGCAGAAUGCAAAGUCUAUGAAGGAAAAGACCAACCUAAGUGUUAGUAAAGGAGGUUCUUCCUACAGCUCUCUAAAUGAAUUGGCCGAGCUGAUCUUGUAAAAUCAAUUGCCCAAGUGACAUGUAACAUCAUCGGAGAAAAAAUCAAUCUUGAGAACAAAAUCCUUGCACAUCAGCUGCCCAAGGAAAGCAAUGCUGCAUUGCAUUUGUUUGUUUAGUACAAGUUAACCAAUGUUGUCUCAAGGUUGAAGUUUCAUCCAUUUAUUCACUUCCAGUGUAUUUGGUUUCUCAUUCUAUCAAAAACAGAGCUCUCUGGUCUUCUAUUUC